GAGAGAGAGAGAGAGAGAUGGGGGGUGAGUUCUGUGCAAGAGUUGGAACUGGGUGUUGCACAAAACUAGCAGGGACAUGGGCCAGGAUGGAGAAGGCCAUAAAUGACGCCGUGUCCAAAAGCGUGGUGGGCAAGUUCUUCAAGCUAGAAGCCCGAAAGAGCUGCUUCACAAAGGAACUCCGGGCCGGCACCGCCACCUUCCUCACCAUGGCUUACAUAAUCACCGUCAACGCCACCAUCCUCACCGAUUCCGGCGGCACGUGCUCUGCCUCCGACUGCUCCCCUCCUGGCAGCCCGGACUGCGUGCUCAAGCCCAACCCCGGCUACCAAAAGUGCUUAGAUAAGACCAAGAGUGACCUCAUUGUAGCCACAGCUUUGUCCUCCAUGAUCGGGUCUUUUGCCAUGGGAAUUUUGGCCAACCUUCCUUUGGGCCUGGCUCCCGGAAUGGGCUCCAACGCUUACCUGGCCUACGACUUGGUGGGCUUCCACGGAACCGGUCCCAUGUCGUACCAAACCGCCCUCGCCGUGGUCCUGAUCGAGGGCUGUGCGUUUCUCCUAAUAGCAGCUUUUGGACUUCGAGCAAAGCUUGCUCGGCUCAUCCCCGGCCCGGUUCGGCUUGCUUGCGCAGCAGGAAUUGGGCUCUUCAUUGCGUUUGUGGGCCUUCAGGCCCACCAGGGUGUUGGCCUAGUGGGCCCCGACACGUCCACGCUGCUGACACUCGCUGCGUGUACCAAAACUGACCCGGUGACCGGCGCGUGUACCAGCGGGAAAAUGAGGAGCCCGACAUUCUGGUUGGGCUUUGUCGGCUUCCUAGUAAUGUCUUAUGGGCUGAUGAAGAACGUCAAGGGAAGCAUGAUUUAUGGUAUUCUAUUCGUGACACUGAUUUCUUGGAUUAGGAACACUUCUGUUACAUAUUUUCCCAACACCCCACUUGGUGAUGAAAAUUACAAUUACUUCAAGAAAGUGGUAGAUUUCCACCACAUCAAGUCCACAGCUGGUGCAAUCAGCUUCACCCAUUUCAACAGGAGUGAGGUUUGGGUUGCCCUGGUGACCCUACUGUAUGUUGAUGUGCUUGCCACCACAGGAACGUUGUACACCAUGGCCGAGAUGGGAGGGUUCCUAGAUGAUCAGGGGAGUUUUGAGGGGGAAUACACGGCGUACAUGGUUGAUGCCGGGGCCACGGUGGUGGGAGCCGCCCUAGGGGUGUCCCCGAUCGCAACGUACGUCGAGUCCUCAGCCGGGAUCAGGGAGGGGGGUCGAACAGGGUUGACUGCCGUGAUUGUUGGGGUGUACUUCUUCUUGUCCUUGUUUAUAGUUCCCCUGUUGGCCAGUGUUCCGCCAUGGGCCACAGGCCCAUCACUGGUCAUGGUGGGGGUGUUGAUGAUGAAGGUGGUGAAGGACAUAGAGUGGGAAAAUAUGAAGGCAGCAGUCCCUGCUUUUGUGACCAUACUUCUUAUGCCACUCACCUAUUCUAUAACAAAUGGGAUUAUUGGUGGGAUAGGGCUGUACAUUGCUCUUAGCUUGUAUGACUUCAUUAAGGAGAGGAUAAGGUGGUCGAUUGAGAUGAGAAGGAUGGUCAUCAAGGAACAAAACCAAGUGUCUGCUACCUCUGGUGCAGACACAGCCACUGAAUUAAUAUAAUAAUAGUGGCCUAGCGUAGUAGCUAAAUGUAAUAUAUAGUAUGUGAUUUUGAAAGCCUUUUAAUAUGAUGGCUGAUUUUUUUUUUCCCUUUUUUUUCUGGGUAGGUGAUGCUUUUGUUUGUAGAUUUUAUGUCAGGAAAUAUUAUGGAUAUUAGAUAUAGACAUAGAUAGACCUAUGUUUAUGAUCUCAUCAGCUCCAAGUUGGGUAUUGAGUGCAUUGUUUAAUAGCUUAUGCUAGAUUUCGUUAUGCAGAA